AUGCCAGGCAGACCAACAGAGCGGGGCAGACCAACAGAGCCAGACAGACCAACAGAGGCAGGCAAACCAACAGAGCCAGGCAGACCAACAGAGCGGGGCAGACCAACAGAGGCAGGCAGACCAACAGAGCAAGGCAGACCAACAGUGCCAGACAGACCAACAGAGCGAGACAGACCAACAGAGCGAGGCAGACCAACAGAGCCAGACAGACCAACAGAGCCAGGCAGGCCAAAAGAGCCAGACAGACCAACAGAGCCAGGCAGACCAACAGAGCCAGACAGACCAACAGAGAGAGACAGACCAACAGAGCCAGGCAGACCAACAGAGCCAGACAGACCAACAGAGCCAGGCAGACCAACAGAGCCAGACAGACCAACAGAGCAAGGCAGACCAGCAGAGCCAGGCAGACCAACAGAGCAAGGCAGACCAACAGAGCGGGGCAGACCAACAGAGCGGGGCAGACCAACAGAGCGGGGCAGACCAACAGAGCCAGACAGACCAACAGAGCAAGGCAGACCAACAGAGCCAGGCAGACCAACAGAGCAAGGCAGACCAACAGAGCCAGACAGACCAACAGAGCGAGGCAGACCAACAGAGCGAGGCAGACCAACAGAGCGAGGCAGACCAACAGAGCGAGGCAGACCAACAGAGCCAGACAGACCAACAGAGCAAGGCAGACCAACAGAGCGGGGCAGACCAACAGAGCCAGACAGACCAACAGAGCGAGGCAGACCAACAGAUCGAGGCAGACCAACAGAGCCAGACGGACCAACAGAGCGAGGCAGACCAACAGAGCGAGGCAGACCAACAGAGCGAGACAGACCAACAGAGCGAGGCAGACCAACAGAGCGAGGCAGACCAACAGAGCGAGGCAGACCAACAGAGCGAGGCAGACCAACAGAGCGAGGCAGGCCAACAGAGCGAGGCAGACCAACAGAGCCAGACCAACAGAGCGAGGCAGGCCAACAGAGCGAGGCAGACCAACAGAGCGAGGCAGACCAACAGAGCGAGGCAGACCAACAGAGCGGGGCAGACCAACAGAGCGAGGCAGACCAACAGAGCGGGGCAGACCAACAGAGCGAGGCAGACCAACAGAGCGAGGCAGACCAACAGAGCCAAGCAGACCAACAGAGCCAAGCAGACCAACAGAGCGAGGCAGACCAACAGAGCGAGGCAGAACAAAAGUGUAUUAGCAGCAUAGAGAAAGAAGAUGAUAGGAUAACCAAAGUGCCUCUGUCCACCUGUUCCUCAUGGGCAGAAUCCCACACCCAGCCGUGCAACCCCGAAGUGAGGAAACCGGCAGUUCCCGGGUCUCCAAAUGAUGUACCGGCGGACACAAACCCGGGUUCCUGGCGAUCGACUUGCCCGCCACUAAAUGUGGCGGGCAAUCCUAUGAUUGUGAUUGGCAAAAUGUGA